GUUAAAGUCUAAACUUUAGGUGUUGCCAUCAUGGCCGCCCAUCCAUUAGUACAACAUGAGGAACAGCUGAGCCGAUGCCUCUCACUGCAGAGAGUUUAUAAAUAGGGGUUGGAGUCUGCCCUUCACUCCUGGAUAAGGUGCAGCUUAACAAUGAGCCCUACACACAGUUUGAGGCUGUUUGUGCUUUGUUUGUGGCUGCUGCUUGGUUAUGUAAAUUGUAAGAAUACCCAGAGAGGUUAUGUCCAGUCAGGACAGGCUCCAGUGGGCGUCCACAAUGACAACAGAGAAUAUAACAGAUGGGGUGAACCACCUAUUAUGAGAACCCCUAAAGCUGGUUACAAUGGCAAAAUGUACCCUGCAGAAGAUCACACCACAGCCUCUCAAUCCUCACUAAUCCAAAUCCAUCAUCCGGUUAUUCCUGAAAUACAAAAAAGCAAAGUUCCAGAAAGCCAAAUCAGCCAUUUAAACCCUGGCUUAGCCUUAAUAACUCGAGGACAUAAUUAUUUGGUGUUCAAGCGCUUUGGAAACAAGGCAUUCACUUCCCCUGAUGGCAAGAAGACUCAGCAGGUAAACCCUGAUUCUGAGUUCUCUGCAGGUGUAGAGCAGCGUCCACCCCGUGUCUCUCACACCAGAUUGAAAUCAACAGGAAGUUUUCCAGCUGCUCAGGUAGACAAAGCACCUGUAGACUUUGGACCAAAUGACAGAAGGGUCCCUGUCUACUCGUACAGCAGUAAUGCACGUCCAAGUAUUCAAACCUUUAAGCCUAAUCUGAAGUCUGAGACACAAAAGAUUCAUGUUGACACCUACUGGAAGUUCUGCAGCUUGUCCAGGAAAGGGUCUGACUGCUAA